AUGAAAAGCCUUUUAGUGUUUCUAUUUGUUUUUAGCAUUUACAUGCUUGGCUACGUAUCAGGUAGAGCCGAAGUCAGAAUCACGAAUGAACUUAAAUUCCAGAAACGCUUAUGGAUGAAGUGUUAUUCCAAAGAUAACGUAAUUGGCCCGACUAUCAUACCAAUUGGACAAUAUUCUAAAAUUUGUUUUCUGGCUAACCUUUGGGGUACGUCUCGUUACAUGUGUACUUUGAAACAAGGACCUAACUAUAAACACUAUCAGAAUUUUACAGCAUUUAAGCAAUUCUAUUGGUUUGAUUAUGGAGGCACAUGGUAUUGGGGAGCCAGAGAAGAUGGUAUCUAUUUAAAGAGAGAAGGUGGCGAAAAACCGAUCGAUUUAUAUAAAGCAUAUGAUUGGAUAAAUUAAAAUUGGAUAACGAUAGCUUUAACAUGUAUUUGAUUAAAAAGACAAAAUGAUAUAUAUCAUAGUUGAAUAUUUACAACUUAAACUAGAUUACACAUUGUUUUUCCCCUUAAAUUUAAAUCUUUUGGAUUUCCAAGUUCCAA